AAACGUCACCGGCGACUACCUACAUACACAUUAUUCUAAUCACAGAAUUCUGUGUUUAGUAGUAUCACAGACCCGAAGUGAAAUGGAAGUAUGUUCGAAGUGUUAGUGAAUAAAAGUACGUAAAUAAGUGUUUACGAGAUGAUAGACACAGUUGUAAAUAUAUUUCAAGCAAUCUCAAACGCUUUGGGUAUAGAAUGGGCGCCACUCCACCUGCCUUUAGCUCGUAGGCUGCAGACCUUAGCGGCGACAGCCUGGAUAUGUCUUGUAUUAUUUGGAGAAGCCAGCUGUAUCUUCCUAUACGUUCAGCUUUUGUAUUCUUCGUAUUGGUGGUUAGCGCUGCUAUAUGGAGUGUGGUUAUUGAAUGACCUUGACGUUUGCAACAGAGGUGGUAGAAUAGUAGAUUGGGUGAGAAAUUGGUCAUUGUGGCGCUACUACCGGGAUUAUUUUCCGAUAAACUUGGUUAAAACCGCCGAAUUGGAUACCUCGAAGAACUACCUAUUCGCGUGCUUUCCCCAUGGCGUAGUCUGCUCUGGAGCUUUCGGUGCGUUUGCCACUAAUGCAUUAGAUUUCUACAAAGUUUUUCCAGGCAUGACAUGCAGCAUGAUUACUCUGGGAGGCCAUUUUAGAGUACCAUUAUUUAGAGACCUGGUACUUGCUUUGGGUGGUUGCGCGUCUUCUCAAGAGAGCUUGCUAUAUCUUCUUGAUAAGAAUAAAAACAAAGGAAAAUGUGUGGUUCUUUUUGUCGGAGGAGCUGCAGAAGCGUUAGAUUCGCAUCCUGGAGAAUAUAAAGUGAUCUUGAGCAGAAGAAAAGGCUUCGUUCGUGUUGCCAUGAAAUCUGGGGCACCACUAGUACCAGUCUUCUCAUUCGGGGAAACCGACGUAUACCGUCCACUAAACAACAGCGAAGACAGCUUGCUCCGCAAGUUCCAGGAGAAAGUGCGUCAGAUCACGGGUAUAUCACCAGUGUUUCCGAUAGGGAGAGGUAUAUUCCAGUACUCAUUUGGAGUGCUUCCUCUUAGAUCGCCCAUCACUACAGUUGUUGGUGCGCCAAUGGAGAUAGAGAAGAACUUAGACCCGACCGAUGCAGAAGUGGACGCAGUACACGCGGAGUUCACGCAAAGAUUAAUCAAUCUCUUCGAAUCUGAAAAAUCGAAGUACUUAACGGACCACAAGAAUAGACGUCUCGUUAUAACCUAGAAAUCACUAGCAGCGAAUAUGUUCAUUAUACAAGACUGUGAUUAAAUAAACGAACAGGGAUCCAAUUCUACUAAUUUAUAACGGUUACAAUACGUUCCCGAUUCAAUUUCAAUCCAUCUUUAGCUGGUAUAUGUAUAUUCUCUGUCUACAUGUGUUUACUAACUGUUUACCCCAAAUAAAAGAACGGCAUAUUUUUUCUCCUUUCAAAUUACUUAAGCGAUUGUAUGCAAUAUAAUCGGCAACAGUGUUAUUUUUUUUUACGAUUUAGUGGUUAAGAAUGUACAGCGAGAGGAGCGAUCGCUCUUGGCGCCAAAUAGCAAGGGAUGGGAAAAUGUCAAAAACAAUUUCCAGAGGUACAUUGUUGGCGUUUUUGAUUUUAUAAAUAUGGUUAUUAUUAUUUAUAUAACGUUAACUGAGAUGCAAUUUCUGUAAAGUCAAAGCGUCGACCAAAGGGCGCUGGGAGACAAUCUCGUUGCAGCCUGAUCAAGGGCGAGGGCCGCUGAGAAUGUGCCCGUGCAGAUAACAAAAAGUAAAGAUGUGAUUAUGGUAGUGUGGUUAAUGAAGACGACGCCAUUAUCGAUCAAAUUCCGUCUGCACUGAUUGUAUCUAUUAAAUUAAAUUCUUUUACAAAUUAUUAGCUUCGAUGUGUUAGUGUUAUAUAAAUAUUUCUACGUCAUACGUAGAUUCGUUUUUUGUUGUUAUUUCCUGAAUUAAUAAACCUUAUUAUAUUCCAAUUUCAAAUUUUGCGCUAGAACAAAAAAAAGUAAUAAAAUAUGUUAUCUUUUAAAAGUGUAUAUUUCCGCACGUUAUUAUUUAUUUUAUAAAGGAUUUUUGUUUAUAUAACCUCCACAUAUGAAAUACUUAAAUGAAAUAAAUAUAUGUAAUUAUAACAAUGUACUGUAAUGUAUGGGUACUCGAAUGUGU